GCACUAUACUUGGAUCAUCAGUCCGUGCCCAGUCUUUGCGGGAGCGAAGUCAAGCAUCAGAACUACGUAAUACGAGUACGUCGAAAAUUGAAGAGGUCGAUCAAACAAACAUGCGAAGUUUUCAUGUUUUAUUUCUACUUUCGAGUUGCAUUGCGCUUGCGCACACCUUUCCAGGUGCAAACCGUGAUUCUAUCGAAUCAAUGGAGAUUAAAGACAAAGACGACGGAGUAGUCCUUGUUGUACCUGUACGCAAAAAUAUCUUUGAUGAACAAACUGAUGAAGAAAAACCAUUAACAACUAGCCUAUGGCGUCCAUUCAGAUUUGACAGCAGCCCGUUUGAUGGUCUGAUGAUUAGAAUGCAAAUGGCCAUCAAUAAAAUUAGAGCUGAAAUGGCUGCUGCUUUGGCUAGUCAACUGCGACACAGCAAUCUUACACCAUGGGGUAAAAUUCCUGAGGGGGCUAAUAGUACUUCUACAACAAAGGUCAUUGGUGAGCAUGCGGUAACUAUCAACGAGACGACAUAUAGCAAUGGUAAUGAUGAUGCGGCUACAAUCUUCCGUGUGCGUGUAGUCGAGGUAAAGCCACUGAAUGAAACGGUUGAAUCAACCUCCGUAGAAGAGACAGGAACGAAAUUUCCGACUAUGGAACAAGAGGAACAUGAGGAGUUAACGACGCCGGUGUUGCAUAGUGUGGAAACUGUCGAGGAUAUUGACAACGAAAUACCUAAAAUUCAGGUUGAUACCCUCUCAGCAUAGAGUCUUUUCCAUUCACUUAAACUAUAUCUCUAAUUCUAAAUAGUAAUGAUAGCAAGAUCAGAAUUUCAAAAUAUUCAUCAGGAAUCCAUUUCUUUAAAUUUACCGCUAUCCGCAUUACGAUACCCUACGUUGUCCAGGUCAUUGUUUUAAUCGUAACGAUCCAUUUCUUAACCUCUAUCCCAACCACGCGUUUCGAAUCCGCUCAAAUAA